AUGAGAACCGGCGCACAGAUCCUGUGGGAAUCCCUCGUCCGCGAGGGGGUGACCACGGUGUUCGGGUAUCCGGGCGGCGCGAUCCUGCCCGCCUACGACGCCAUGCUCGAGUACCCGGUCCGGCACGUCCUGGUGCGGCACGAGCAGGGCGCGACCCACAUGGCCGACGGCUAUGCGCGGGCCAGCGGCGAGGUCGGGGUGGCGGUGGCCACGUCCGGGCCCGGGGCCACGAACAUGGUCACCGGCAUCGCCACCGCGAUGCUCGAUUCUUCGCCCAUCGUCUGCAUCACCGGGCAGGUGGGCAGCCGGCUGAUCGGCUCGGACGCGUUUCAGGAAACCGACGUCACCGGCGUCACGCUGCCGAUCACGAAGCACAACUAUCUGGUGUCCAAGGUCUCCGACGUGGCGCCGACCAUCCACGAGGCGUUCUACGUCGCACGCUCCGGUCGUCCCGGGCCCGUGCUCGUGGACAUCACGAAGGACGCCCAGCAGGCGUCGGCCGAGUUCGUGUGGGACCCCAGCCCGGUCCGCCUGCCCGGCUAUCGACCGGAUCUGCGGGCGUCGGAGGCCGAGCGCCGGCAGGCAGUCGAGCUGAUCAACAGCGCGAAGCGUCCGGUCAUCUUCGCCGGGCACGGGGUGAUGUUGUCGGGCGCGAUGGAUCUGGUGCGCGAGAUUGCCGAGCGGGCCAACAUCCCGGUUGCGAUGACCCUCCUCGGCAUCGGGUCCUUUCCGGCCCUGCAUCCGUUGAAUCUGGGCAUGAUGGGCAUGCACGGGGAAGCGUGGGUGAACCAGGCCAUUCAGGAGGCCGACCUGCUGCUGGCCUUCGGCAUGCGCUUCGACGACCGCGUUACCGGCAACAUCAGGACGUAUGCGCCCAACGCGCGGAAGAUCCAUAUCGACAUCGAUCCGGCCGAGUUCAACAAGAACGUGAUCGUGGACGUCACUCUGGCCGGCGACCUGUCCAACGUGCUGCGGGAUCUGCUGCCGCGGAUCGAGCCCGGCGACCGCAGGGCGUGGCUCGGCGCCAUCGCCGGGAUGAAGGGCGAUUCGGCGGUCCGCGACGUGCAGAACCUGCCUGACAGCGGGCAUCUGUACGCCGCGCACGUCAUCAACGACAUCUGGAGGAUGACCGGCGGGAAGGCGGUCGUGGUGACCGACGUCGGGCAGCACCAGAUGUGGGAAGCGCAGUACUACCACCAUCAGGAACCCCGGUCGCUCAUCACGUCGGGGGGCCUGGGGACGAUGGGGUUCGCCCUGCCGGCCGCGAUCGGUGCGAAGCUCGCGCGGCCCGAUGCCGAGGUGUGGGUCAUCGUGGGUGACGGCGGUUUCCAGAUGACGAUGUGCGAGCUGGCCACCAUCGCGCAAGAGAAGUCCCACUUCGCGAAGCUGGGCGAAGCCUUCGGUCUGCGCAGCGCGACGGUCUCGCGGCGUCAGGACGUCGAGCCGACGGUGGCGAUGGCGAGGGCCGAACCCGGUGCGGUGGUCAUCGACUUCCGGGUCGAGCAGGAAGAUACCGUCUAUUCCGAUGGGGCCGCCUGGGCCGCGUCGCCGACCUGCACGCAUGAUCGCCGGCGCUGCGCCCCAGCCCAUCGCCGAGACGUGCUGACGACUAUGACGCUGAUGCGGCGCACCUUGUCGUGCACGUCGAGGACAAGCCGGGCGUUCUGA